UAACAAAUUAUCUUUAAGCUCUCUCAAUACCCUUUUUCAUUCUCCUUUUACGUCACCGCCUACUUCUCAAUUCCCAUAUCUUUUGCUGCUGAUUCACACCAUUCUCUCAGAUGUUUUAAAGAUUCAAAGGAUUGUUUGGAAUCAAGAAUUGGUGCUAUCUUCUUGCAAAAGUCAAAUCUGUAAUGGGUAUACAAUGAAUUGUUUGAUAAAGUUGUAAUUUUUCUGAUUUUGGUGUGUUUAAAAUGCAUAAAGAAAUGCUAUAUAUGGUUCUUUUUAUGAAUUGAUUCAAGGUUAUUGAAUCUUGGUAUUUUGAUUCUUUAUGGAUAUGUUGAGGAGGUGGUCAUGGUCAUGUUUUUGAGUAUUAGUUGUGGUGGAAUUAUAGUUCCAGAGAGGCGGAUCCAGGAUUUAGAGUCGGUUGGAUACCGGAUAUUAUGUAUAUACAUUUUCAAGAUCCUUUUCCAUAUGUAUACUUGGUUCGAACUGAAAGUAGUAGGUUCAGCUGAACCCGUUGCUAUAGGCUAGAGACGCCUUUACUUCACCUCGAAUAAUAGGAAAUGCUAACAAAGGGGAAAAUGGGUGAAGAUCUCCUCACAACCUUAACCAUAGAAAGCAAUCAUUUGUCCACCCUUUUGUCCAUGGAUUCCGGUUCGUCUUCUCAUGAUGAAAUGGAGAGAGAGUUGAUCCGGACUGUUAACCAUCUACAACCGCCUGAUAUCAAUCUCCCGCUCGAGCCUAGUCCUCCUCCUCCGUCGUGGAAUGAUACAUGUGAUAUGCUAGAUGUAGGCCUUGGUCCCCAACAUUAUGAGGUUGAGACAAAUAUUAGUAUCACAAAAGUUGGGAAGAAGUGCGCCAAGCGGCUUGAUAGUAUUUGGGGCGCUUGGUUUUUCUUCACUUUUUACUUUAAGCCAGCUCUGAAUGAGAAGUCCAAGGGUAAAAUUAUUCGCGAGAGUAGCGGGGCAUCUCGGUAUGAUAAAUCGGAUUUGAGGCAGGAUGUUUUCCUUGUUCAGCAUGAUAUGGAGAAUAUGUACAUGUGGGUUUUCAAGGACAGGCCUGAAAAUGCACUUGGCAAGAUGCAAUUGAGGAGUUACAUGAACGGGCAUUCGCGUCAAGGGGAGAGUCCCUUUCCUUUCACUGCAGAUAAAGGUUUCGUUAGAUCUCACAAAAUGCAAAGGAAACAUUACCGAGGUCUUUCCAACCCUCAGUGCCUUCACGGAAUUGAAGUUGUUAGGUCGCCCAAUCUUACAGGUCUCGAUAAAGAGGAGCAAAAGAAGUGGAUGGAGCUUACUGGCCGAGACAUGAACUUUUCAAUUCCUUCUGAAGCCAGUGACUUUGAGUCAUGGAGGUGCCUUCCAAAUACAGAAUUUGAGCUUGAGCGGCAUCCUCCUGCAUUGAAGAGCAACUCAAUUCCCCGUCCAGAAAGAUUAUUAAAUGGCUCCGGCCUGAACCUAUCUACUCGAUCUUCAAACCAUGUAAAUGGAGAAGGAUUAAACAUUUUGUCUGUCUGCAAUAAGAGGAAGAAAAAUGGAUUUUCCGGUGGAAACAAUGACGAUUGCUGUUUGCCUAAUAGUCAACAUCCAGUUAGCCCACCCUGGCUAGGAGCAUUUUCCGGUGCAAUGCAAAUGGCAUCGGGUCCAGUUACAGCUGCAAAGACUAUUUAUGAAGAUGACACGGCGUUCUUGAUACUUGUUAGCAUGCCUUUUGUCGAUCUAAAAAGUGUCAAAGUUACUUGGAGAAACACUAUCUCUCAUGGUAUUGUGAAGAUAUCUUGUAUCAGCACGGGAUGUAUACCGAUCAUUAAAAGGCAAAACCGGACUUUCAAGCUAGCAGAUCCAGCUCCCGAGCACUGCCCUUCAGGGGAAUUUGUCAGAGAAAUCCCUCUUAGGACUCGCAUUCCAGAAGACGCUAAACUAGAAGCAUAUGGAGAUGAGACUGGAACUAUGCUUGAAAUUCUCGUGCCAAAGCAGCGUGUAGGACCAGAAGAGCACGAGGUUCUAGUGUGCCUUCGCCCCUCUCCUUGGACUACACAUGCAUACGUUGAUCUGACAGAAGCAAUGGCUUGAAAUUUGUGGAAGCUCUCUUAGGUAGUAGUCAUUAUUUACUGACCUCAAUGAAAAUGGUAUUUAUAUUUUCUUCUAAUUCUUCAGGAAAUAUUCUUUUCUUUUCCGCCCUUCAGCCAAUAUGGGACACAAGAUGCUGAUUUUUUGCAUGCCCUCAAUGUCCACACCAUUUUGUUCCUGCUAGUCUUGGAUCUUUUAUUGGUAUCUUUUACAAUUUCAUACUGUUUUAUCAUUAAAUGAUAUUUGUGUUUCAAUCUCUAUCUCAA